CGCAGUGUGAGGCGGUUCCGCCUGUGCGGUGGGUUGAGCGCUGCGCACGCUGAGAAAGCUCGGUGGCCGGUGUGGGUGGAAGGAGUCUGUUUCUCCACUUUAAGAUCGCGCCGCGGGACUCUAGCGCGGGAGUCACUCACAUACCUCAGAAUGCCAGGUCUGAGUUGUAGAUUUUAUCAGCACAAAUUUCCAGAGGUGGAAGAUGUAGUGAUGGUGAAUGUAAGGUCCAUUGCUGAAAUGGGAGCUUAUGUCAGUUUGCUGGAAUACAACAACAUUGAAGGCAUGAUUCUUCUUAGUGAAUUAUCCAGAAGACGUAUCCGUUCUAUAAACAAACUCAUUCGAAUUGGUAGGAAUGAAUGUGUGGUUGUCAUUAGAGUGGACAAAGAAAAAGGAUACAUUGAUUUGUCGAAAAGAAGAGUUUCUCCAGAAGAAGCAAUCAAAUGUGAAGACAAAUUCACAAAAUCAAAAACUGUUUAUAGCAUUCUUCGUCAUGUUGCUGAGGUCCUAGAAUAUACCAAGGAUGAGCAGCUGGAAAGCCUGUUUCAGAGGACUGCGUGGGUCUUCGAUGACAAGUAUAAGAGACCUGGCUAUGGAGCCUAUGAUGCAUUUAAGCAUGCAGUUUCAGAUCCAUCUAUUUUGGAUAGUUUAGAUUUGAAUGAAGAUGAACGAGAGGUACUCAUUAACAAUAUUAAUAGGCGUUUGACCCCGCAAGCUGUCAAAAUUCGAGCAGACAUUGAAGUGGCUUGUUACGGCUACGAGGGCAUCGACGCUGUGAAAGAAGCCCUGAGAGCGGGUUUGAACUGUUCCACAGAGACCAUGCCCAUCAAGAUUAACCUCAUAGCUCCUCCUCGGUAUGUGAUGACUACCACAACCCUGGAGAGAACGGAAGGCCUCUCAGUUCUCAAUCAAGCCAUGACUGUCAUCAAAGAAAAAAUUGAGGAAAAGAGGGGUGUUUUCAAUGUUCAAAUGGAGCCCAAAGUGGUCACCGACACCGACGAGACAGAGCUCGCGAGGCAGCUAGAGCGGCUUGAGAGAGAAAACGCAGAAGUAGAUGGUGACGACGAUGCGGAAGAGAUGGAAGCCAAAGCUGAAGAUUAACUCUAGAAGAGCUUCCAGUUUGAGGAACGUGAAGCAGUCCUGGCUGUAAACUCUAGACUUGAAAGUUUUCCAGUAUUGAAAACUUCAAAGCUGAAUUAUUUUUUAUUCCAAGUAUUUAAAUGUUCCAGCAGACAGAACACGAUGCCCUCCCAAAUGUUAGCCUUUCCUGAACACACUGAGCGUUGGGAGUGGCUUGAUCUCACUAGAUACAGAUCUUCCAGCUGAGAACAGUCCUACAACUGGGCUUGUGGUUUCCGUUUCUUACGUCUUCAGAUUGGCACCCUUUGUAGCUAGUGCCUCCCUGAGAUUUACCAGAGGCACCCAAAGCAGACAAUAGCAAUCUCAGUCUUUCUAUAUAAAAUGUAUUCAACCAAACAUCAAAUAAAUUUCUGGGAUAUUUAACUAUAGGCUUUUUCCUUCUUGUCACCAGUUAAAAGUAUUCUGAGUGCUAAGAUCCUACUUCUGUUACCUUCAGUCUAGAUGUAGAAAUACAAGAUUAGCUGGUAAAAGGAUCUAUACAGCAGAUCCUUUCAAAAGAGGAGGUUAUUGCCAGCCAGAUAGCUCAGUGGACUAAAGCACCUGCUUAGGCAGGCACAGUGACCAGGGUUCGAUCCCCAA